UAAGAUGAAGACGUUUUUCUUAACUUUCACAACGCUAUUGUUCGUUACCGUCUGUUAUGGCGCGGAUGACUUGUAUUCGAUGUUAACGUCGUUGAACGCGACGACGUUCAAAGGUUUAGUGGACCAGGCAGGACUGGCGAGCGUGCUGCAAGGCCCAGGCCCAUUUACAUUACUGGUGCCAACCAAUGCAGCCAUUGCUAAAAUACCCAACGCCGACCUUGCCUCCGUGACAGCAAACGCGCAUUACCUUAAUGAGAUUAUCCGAUACCACGUGAUCAGUGACGUUCAUGAGAGCCAUUCCUUCCCCUUCGGCCGCCAUCUCUUUCUGAACAGCACUAAUGGACAUGUGAUAAGAGUCUACCGCAGUGCCACAGGAACCCAUUUUAAUCAAGCCACAGCUGUGAAGACCGACAUUAAUGCAACCAAUGGCAUUAUUUACCUGCUAAACUCUGCGUUGAACGUACCAGAAGGCACGGUGAUUGACAUUCUUGGUAACCCUGACUACCAGACCUCCAAGUUUCUGGAGCUAGUUCGCCAGGCAAAACUUGACACCAACUAUGCAAACCCAACCGGACUGAACCGGUACACGGUGUUCGCUCCUUCCAAUGCAGCCAUUGACGCCCUGCCGGCUGGUACCUUAGACGCUUUAAGUAACGACACUACAAAUUUGAGAAUGUUAAUAGAGUACCACGUGCAUUCUGGGACUCUCCACUCGGCGUCCAUAGUGAAACGCCACAGUAUAACUACCACCCUUCCCGCCCACUCCAUUGCAGUUACAACGAACGACGCGGGCGAUAUAAUACUUGACAAUACCGCUCAAAUAACCGAUGACGACAUCGAGGCUGAAAACGGGGUGGUUCACGUAAUCACCAAGGUUCUUAUGCCACACAUUCUCUCACCGAUAAUUGGCUGAAUGUAUAUUGCAAUGGGAUUUUUUUCUUUCCUUGUAGUCAUGUUCAACUGACAUAAUGUAUGAUUGCAAUAAAUAAAAAAAUGAAAUAGUAUAAAUUCUA